AUGCCGGGCGGCAGCGUGGUGCUGGUGCUGGUGGCGCACAACGGCCGCACCCUUCAGCUGGGAUCCGUCCAGCCCGCCACGCGCGUGGACGCCGUCCAGGAGGUGCUGGAGGAGCUGGCCGGCAUCCCCGUGGGCGAGCAGAUUGUUAUGUGCCGCGGCCUGAGGCUGGACCCCAGGAAGCCGCUGUCCGUGUAUCGCCUGCCAGCGGAGGAUGACGCCUCGGCGGAGGACAACCCGGUGUUCCUGUACAGCAAGGCGUUCGUGCGGCCGGGCGCGGUCCCCCUGGCGCCCGAGGGCUUCGAGGAGGUCGAGGUGAAGGUGCCGCCAAUGGGCGGCAUCAGCGUGGAACACCCGCUGCGCGGAUCGCCCAGCCCGCUGGUGCGCGCGCUGCCGGACUACGAGCUGGCCUUCCAGCACCACCUGCUGCUGGCGCAGGAGCACUGGGACGUCAGCCAGAAGUACGUGCAGCGCUGCCACCAGCUGCUGUCCGAGCAGGAGGUGCAGUCGCGGGCGAUCGACGCCGCGCGGGCCAACGUGCAGACGCACUUCAACGCCAUCAGCCGGGCGUUCACGGAGUUCAUGGCUGAGUACAGGGAGCAGCACGCCCGGCACUCGGAGGCGCUGGCGACGGUGGACAGGGACGUGGAGCAGCUGAGCAGCACGGCGAUCCACCAGGACCUACGGACGGACAAGUGGCGCAGGCUGUGCGACCUGGUACCCCAGAAGCAGCUGCGGGAGUGGGCGGCCGGCUGUGGCCGCGCGCACGCACGCUUCGCGGACAAGGUGGCGGACCUGGAGGGCCUGUUCGCUUCCCUGAAGUCGGACGUCGAGUCGCUGUUCAUGCAGGCUCCCACGGUGGACCUGGACGACCUGGGGGCGCUGCUGCAGGACAGGGAGCAGCUGCUGGAGGAGGAGGGGUCGAUCAUACAGGUCCUGUCCAAGGACAUGCGCACCGUGCGCGCCCUGGUGGAGGACACGGUGCAGCUGUUGGGCACGGAGAGGCUGGCCACCACCACGGCUCAUGACGCAUGCGGGGCGAUGGAGAGCAUGAACCAGAGCCACAUGCAGCAGCUGGUGCCCCGCCUGAGGGACUGCAAUUCCAGCCUGGCCGCCUUUUGCAGGGACUGCACCGGCUGCAAGAACCGAAUGACACGGGAUGUCGCGAGCCAGCUUCAGUCGAUCUCCACCCAGCAGAGCAGGAUAUUGGAGAUGAAGAAUAAACUGGCGGCGUUCAAGGAGGUCGCCACGAAACAGGACGAGGCGUUCGCGGAGCUCAUGGUGGUGCACCGCAUCCCGGCAGCUUACAGGGCAAGCCUCGCCGAGUGUGUCCGGCGCAGGGCAUGGUCUCAGGUUUACUGUGGGCAGGUGUCCAGGCUUGCGGAGCACAUGGGCAAGGUUAGGCUUAAGGAAGUCCAGAAGCGGGAGAAAUUUCAACGCCAUGUUGAGGGCUACUUGCCCUCAGAAAUGUUGGUGAAAAUGGGCCUCUUUGUGCAGCCAUCACAUUGCCAAAUGAGUGUCCCCCCUGAAGAGGGCUCGUUGCUGGCCAUAUCUGUUGAGGACCUCAACAGUCUUUGCACCGAUGCAGACAGCACGGAGCAGCAGGUGUAUUGUAGUCUAAUGCCAUCGCAAUCCGAUGAGCCAGUAUUAGAAGACGCUGGCUCAUCUGAGCACGCAGGCUCUGAAGUUCAGGAUGCGUUUUCUGCUGAGACCAGUCACAUCCAGAGGCUAGAAAUGCAAAAUAGUAAGCUGAGGGCACACUAUGCAGCACAAAUUGCAUACCAGAAUAUGAAGGAGGCAGAAGAAACAAUGAAGACAUAUCCAAGUGGGGAGGUGGAAUGGGCAGCAAAAGAGAAGAUUGAACAGAACGUUGUUUCAAAACUGAAAGAGGCUUUGAAGGCUUGGGAGGCUGUCAAUUGCAAAUUGGAGGGCAAGGUAGCAGCUUUAAGGAAACAGAACCUUGUGUAUGAAGACAGAAUCAGGCAACUAGAAGAACGUGUUGCAGAUAUAUCAGGCUCGCAGCAGGAGGAAGGGUGCCAUACUGUCGUGCAGUUACAUGUGAGCAUAGUUUCGGAGCCCAGCUCCCAUGAAAGAAAUGAAGGUGAAGGUCGACAUCCUGAAGGUGCUGAUGGUGCUGAUGGCCAACAUCCUGAGGGUGCACCAUCUACCUCAGGUACUUGCGCUCUCCCUUGUCCACUUUCCUACCCACCUCUCCCACUGGCAACAGCUACGCCACAAGCAGAAGAGUCUGUGUGUGCAGGCUCACAAAGUGCUGUGGAGAAUCCAGUCCCAAGCAACAGCCCGGAUCCUGAUGUUGCACUGACCAAGGGAGAAGGACGCGAUGAGAAUGGGACAGGAGGAGCAGCAGUUGGCGUCGAUUGUCCCCGCCCUUCCAGUGACCUUGUGUCUCAUCCAGCAGAGAGUGGCAGUCUACUUGGCGUGCGCUCGCGCUCACCGGGCCUGCUGAGCUCUGCCACUGAGUACCUUAGUGUGGCAUCAGUCAGCGGGGACGAACCAGCAGAUACAAGGCAAGCAGCUGACGAUCGCCCAUUCUCCCCUGAUAGUGUCCCUGAGAUCUUGAGCCACUCAUCAGAGGAGAUAACAGAGCUCAUACAUCAAUCUGUGCAAGAUGCUAGUAAGUUGUACGAGAGGUUGGCAGGCCUUCAGAGUGACUCAAAAGAUGGCCCAGAUGAUGAUGCAGGGGGCCCAAGCACAGCGCAUUGA